GUGUUGAGUGCUAUCUUAAACAUUUAUAUGUGAAUCACAUUUGAUAGGGAAGUCUAGAUCAAAGUUAUUUCAGCUAAUUGGAAAAACAGAUAAUUUUGUAUAUUUUGUUAUUGCCCUCAUGAGCUCCAGGCUUCUAGAAUGCAGGGCAAAAAGAUGCAUAGGCUGUUAUUCUUUCUUGGAAUUUUAAUGUGAUUUUGAUGGAUUUACAGUUCCGAAGAAGAUUAACAGUGUAUUUUGAAUUACAUGUAGUUUAAAACAAGGUGUUAAUACGAUAUUGUUGUCAUAAAAUUGUUUGAUGGUCAAAAAUUAUGUUUUAUAUUGUACUGUUCCCUUGUAAAAUACAAUUAAACUGGAUUUUUUAAGUGCGAAGAGUACAGCCUAAAUGUAAUGUUAUAUUUUUACAACCUUUAAAACUACAAGAUGAGAUGUAGAGAAUUACAGAAAGAAGGAUUUUUGUCACAAUGACUGGGUGUUACCAUGGAAACUGGAUAUUUGUCUGUCUGUCUGCCCUGCUGAUGUCAGAAGUGGAAUCAGGAGAUUUCACAUUGGGUAUGGACAAACAGUCAAGCUGUACCAAUGCGCAUUACUACCAGGCAGGGGAUAUAUUCCUGGCAUCGGCCAGAGACGCGGUACAUAAUGGAAACUGCCCUUUGACCUUUAUCCAGUCAGGGGCUGAUGGGAGUGGCUAUACAGAGCCCUGCCUCAGUCUGUGUGUAAAGAUCAUUGGAUACAGUAUGGAAAGCUGUCUGGUGAAAAUGGCAUACCAUGAUGGCCUAAAUGAUUUCAGUCCAGUUACCUUUGACUGUCGCACUUUUCCUCCUGUGCUAUGGUGCUCCAGUAAGAAUGAUUUGAAGGUCACUGUCUCUGAGAUGAAGAAUUAUCAUCUAGAGGAAGGGAAGGGCUACAAGAUCUCGCUUGAAAUUAAACCAUUUUGUGGAACUUUGGAGCAGUUAACUACAGAUUCUAGUAUUGUAGCUCAGCCACAGGCAAAGCCGAGCUCAAUGAGCCAGACAGCUGUAAUUAUUGGGGCAAUUGUAGGGACCAUAUCUAUCUUGUUUGUUCUCGGAUGGAUCAUGUAUUGUUACAAGAAAAGGCAUGGUUCCAGCACAGCCUCUCACUCAUCCAGUAGCAGCAGGCCAGACAGAAAUGUUAGAGGAUCAACACCAAAUCAGCCAACAAACAGAUAUGCACCUAUAGAGAGAAAUCCUCCUUCAAGCAAGUCCAGCUCAGACAAAGGUCCCCAGUAUCGCCCAAAUGUUGAUCGGAACCAGCCGGAUAUAAUAAGUAACUUGGAUAGACGACUGUACUCACCAUUCCAGCCGCCGCAAACCAACAGAGGUCAAUAUCAGGGUCAAUAUCCAAGCCAAGGUCAAGGUCAGAUACAGCAACAAGUUCUUUAUUCUGACAUCGAUCGUGGACCACAGCCAGGUGAUAAAUGGUAUCCGAUGACGAAACUUGGUCCCACAGGUUCGGAAUUAAACCCUACCCCAGGGUUUACAUCGUCAUCAACUCCGUCCAAUCCGAUGUCUCAGUAUAUGAUGCAGAACCAAGUUUAUAAGUACCCAGCUGAUGGGGAAAUGCAUACAGUUCCUACUGAUACAAGGUAUGUGGUAUACGAUUUUGACUUUGAAGCAAAACCUGUUGAGAGAAAAUAUUCUGAAGGAAAGAUCCUUAAUACUGCCUAUAGACAGUCUCCUGUAAAAGACAUUGAUAGGUCAAGACCAAGGGAGAUCACUCCUUUGAGAGAGACUGUAAGGGUUAUGCCUCCAAUAGUUGCUGCCCCUGUUGAGUCAACAACAACAGAUCAUACAAGUGACAAUGACUCAUCUAUUUCUGAAACGACAGAAGACGACACCACGGAUGAUCAAACACAUCCUGGGAGAUAUAAUUUUGUUCCGGGAUAUAGUUACAACAACCCCCCAGCUGUGAGACCAAAUAUUUCAAAUACUCGACUUUACGAUCCAAGAAACUUUCAACGGAUAGAUAAUCCAGGUUCCAGUACUGGUAACCAGAGUGAUAAAUUUCGACCUAGUGCUCAAAACAGUUUAAGUGAAAGUUUUGAUGGGAGGAAUAAUUCUGAAAUGUUCAGAUCAUCGCCAAAUGCAAACGUAUAUGCUCAGCCGAGUACUGAUGAACAGACUUAUAGAAAGGAGGGACCUGUUCCACAGGUGCCGCCAAUGCCAAAGGAAUUUCAGCGGGCAGAAAGAUCGUCUCCGUCUAAGGAAUUACUGUGGCCUCAUGGUCCUCCACCGCCAUAUAGUGAGGAAAAUAAAUUUGUUGUGUAGUAAUAUGCUUUCAGUGCCUGUCUCAUUUUGAUGUCAUGGAGGUUGUCAAGUCAAACAUAUAUUCAACAGUCAAGGGAGUGACGUAAUGCAGCUGCUAAAGACAAGUGGCUGUGAAAGUAUGGUAGAAAUUCGAAUAAAUGUCAUUUCAGGACGUUAGCUGGCUGCUUGAGACAAGUGCCUUUGUAAUACAGGUGGCCGCUAAGGCACGUUUGACUGUAUUACAUUCUUCAUUAUUACAAUAAAGCCUCUGUGGAGAAAGAUUGAAAUUUUUACAUGGUAGAGGUUUUUGACCGGAAGGGGUUUACUGGUGUCUCAGAAAGAAAGUUUCUAUCUUUGUUAGUAGGUAUUUCUGUUGAAGAGAUGCCUUUAAGACAGGUUAGUCUGUAUCAAGGCAUAAAUAAAGUGGGAUUGUUUAGCUCAACAGUGGUGUGUAGAGGGUGUUUAACCUUUACCUUGCUAAAAUUCUAAAAUGGUUUGGUCCAACAUUCAAAUUUGGGCAACACCACUUAUUAUUCAAAGGAAUGUUUGCCUGAAAAUAUACUGACUGAAUAGCGAACAGUGCCGACCAAGAUCAUCCUGAUCUUGAUCUGCACUGGUCGCAAAUGCAAAAUCAGUUGCCGCCAACAGGCUAAAGGCUAAUUCUCUGUGUUGGGACUAUGAGUGUAAAAAUCAUUUUCUGUGCUUCUUUGGUUAAACCUUUGUUACAACGUAAUGGUUGGUUUGAUUUGUUUACAACACUGAUUAUAUCAUUGAAACAGUCCAAACGUUCCUUACAGAGAAGGUUUGGCUUUCAUUCCAAGAUACCCACCAAAUAUUAAUUAUGACUUAUAAUUUCUAGUAGUGCUAAUAAAAAUGCUAUUGAAAAAUCAUUAGCAUGUAACACAGUGCCAUUUGCAUAUAACACAAUUUUAUGAGCAUACAUUAUAACACAAUUUCAUUUGCAUAUAACACAACAGUUUUGUUACUGGUAUUGUAGUUUAUUUUUAGCAGGUAUUUUUCUGAACUAAAAACUUUUUUGGUUAAGUUUCUUCGUUAGAAAAAAAAUUAUUGGCUCGUACUACUUUUCAGUGAUAACUUACUGCAUGUGUACCCACCACAUACCGGUAGAUAUUGGAAAUGAAUCUGAGGUUUGUCAAGGGUAUAGAUUGAACCUCUAGUAAGUGACGUGUUGGAAAUCAUUUUCCGAAUAUGUUACCAUUUAUUUUUUUUUUUUCACCAAAUAUUAAAAUACAGAACAUUAAGGUUGAGUAUUUUUACAUUUAUAAUUCAUCUUGUUUCGCUGUUUGUAUUUCUUAGUCAUAAUUAGCCAGUAAAAACUUUUAUCAAAGUCUGUCCUGAUAACUUAAUUUGCUUUAUGUCUGACUUUCAUUUUUCAUUGUAUAUUUCAUUGUAAACAUUUAUACACAUGUAUAUGUUAUAAUCACACAUAAAUGCAAUUGUAUUUACUAGUCAAAUGUGCAUCAGAGCUAGUGAAUAUUAUGGCAACAGAAAUUUAAAAUGAAUUUCCAGACUCCUUCCCGACAUUAAAAAAAAAUCUUCUUUAUUAUCUCAGGUAAAUAGUUUCUACAAGAGCCUGCUGUGUUAGGUCGUUGAGUGGAACACAAGCUUUCAGGUCAGUUGGAUGUAGGUUCAAGUCUUAGGUAAAGCCAAAUGGUCCUCAUGAUGAUUGAUUAAAGACCUCAGGGGAUGAGUGGUUAAGGUUGCUGACUUUAAAUCACCUGCCCCUUAUCACUGUUGAUUAGAAACCUUGCCCUUUCCUGUGAGGAAGACAUCCAACUGGCUUAUGGAUGUUUAAUUGUUCUACCCAGGUGCCUGUCUGUGAUGAAAUAAGACCAGAGGGGCACUUGGGGUCUUCUGCAUGGAAAGCUGAAAUUUUAAAAUGGUCGUAUGACCUAUAAUUUUGUCUGUGUGACAUUACUGAAAUUCUGCUGAAAGAAGACUUUAAACCGAACAAAAGAAAUAUACAGGUUCUGUAAAAUGUAUUUUCCUUAUUGUGUUCAGAACAUGUGCCAUAAUCAUUUCAGAUAUAUAUUAUGCAACAGACUCUAGAACUUGGUGGUAUUCAACCCAGUGUCUUGCAGUUGAUUGCUUCAGUUAUUCCCUUUUUUUCACUACCAAAUGCAACCAAGAAGAAUAAUAGCAGACUCAGUUUGAUUGAGUCUUUUCAUGAGAGGUAAUGGAAUGUGCAACACCUCUCACGCCCCUUAGCACCGGCUUAAGACUGGUUUUUUUUAUAAAUUCUAGAAAGAACCAAAGUUAUCCUCAGGUAUUAUUCAGAUGAAUACAGGGUACCAGUCAGACUACUGGGGAUUCCUGAUGUAAAUCAGGGAGUAAGCCAAGUCACAUCAGUGUUCAAAAUGUUGCAGGAAUUUUUAUUUCGUCAGAUUUUGUUAUCCAGACUGAUGAAAUACCUCUUGAAAUCACAAAGAAAAAAAUCUGAUAUUAUCUUGUUUUUAUGCCCCCGAAGGGAGGCAUAUAGUUUUUGAACCGUCUGUCGGUCUGUCCGCAAUUUUCAUGUCCGGUCCAUAUCUUUGUCAUCGAUGGAUGGAUUUUCAAAUAACUUAGCAUGAAUGUGUACCACAGUAAGACGACGUGCAGUGCGCAAGACCCAGGUCCGUAGCUCAAAGGUCAAGGUCACACUUAGACGUUAAAGGAUAGUGCAUUGAUGGGCGUGUCCGGUCCAUAUCUUUGUCAUCGAUGGAUGGAUUUUCAAAUAACUUGGCAUGAAUGUGUACCACAGUAAGACAACGUGCAGUGCGCAAUACGCAGGUCCGUAGCUCAAAGGUCAAGGUCACACUUAGACGUUAAAGAUCAUUUUUCAUGAUAGUGCAUUGAUGGGCAUGUCCGGUCCUUAUCUUUGUCAUUCAUGCAUGGAUUUUAAAAUAACUAUGCAUGAAUGUGUGACACAGUAAGACGAUGUGUCGCGCGCAAGACCCAGCUCCGUAUGUCAAAGGUCCUAAACUCUAACAUUGGCCAUAACUAUUCAUUCAAAGUGCCAUCGGGGGCAUGUGUCAUCCUAUGGAGACAGCUCUUGUUAUUAUUUACUUUGCUCAGAAUUUAAUGAUAUUGCUUCUUCAAUAUGUUUUAUCAUUAUUGCUAUGUACAAGAUAUUAUUUUAUUGAUAUUUUUCUGCAAUUUUUAUGUAAGGUCUUACUGAUAAAUUUAUUUACUCACUCUACAUAAAAAGUGGAUUUUUUAACUGCACUUUUUAAAUUAGUUUUAUUUGAAAGUUGUUCUUAUAUUCAUAUUUUUUGUAAUUUUUAUUAUGUGUCUUGGGGUAAUACAAAGUUAAUUGAGCUGCACCAUGAGAAAACUAACAUAGUGCAUUUGCGACCAGCAUGGAUCCAGACCAGCCUGUGCAGUCUGGUUAGGAUCCAUGCUGUUCGCUAACGGUUUCUCUAAUUGCAGUAGGCUUUGAAAGCGAACAGCAUGGAUCCUGACCAGACUGUGGGCAUACUGGUCUGGAUCCGUGCUGGUCGCAAACCCACUAUGUUGGUUUUCUCAUGAUGCGGCUCAGAUAACAAUUUAGAUACAGAUAGUUGGAAAAAUUCACUGUUAGUCUUUUUUUUUAUGCAUGGAUGAAUAUUCAGAUGUCUUGUCAUAAAUAUUUGUUUUAAGAAGACAAGGUGUCAGAUAGACCUUAGCAAAUUUUCUUGUUUAUUUUUGCUGAUAUAUUUUCUUCAGAAUUACUGCACUUUAAUAUGUUAGGUCUUUUUAUGUUUUCUAACAAAUUUAAGAAUGAGAUAUAUAUAUAUAUAUAUAUAUUAUGUAGACUAAACAAAACUUAUGAUUGGCCAGUUUCAUUUUUACAGACAUUUAUUUCAUAUAAUACAUUCUUGGUAUUGUUUUAUCAUUGAUAUCGUGUUCUUUGACAGAAACUGCAAAAGCUACACUUGCAGGCUAAGUCAUACAUCUUGUAAGAGUUUUUACUUGUAUCAAAAAUGUAAAACAGGCAGUAAAAUCAAUCACCUGUUGCAUAACAAUGCAGUUGCUGUUGAUAUAAAUAGAAAAAUGAAUUAUUUUAUUGGAAAAACAUAACAUUUUGUCAUAACAUUACUGUGAGAUUGUGCUAGAACAUUUUGAAAUGAAAUUUUUUAAAAUCAACUCCCUUUUAUAUGAAAAAAGCUUGAGAUUUCAUUUCAUGUACAGUAAAAUAUAUAUGUUUUUUUUUUGUGGUGGGGGGGGGGGGGGGGGGGGGGGGGGGGCAGCAAAACUAACUGUGCUGAGAGAAGAUUAUUUAUUAGCUAAAAAAUUAUUCUUUAUUUUGUAAUUUAAAUCAUUAUAGCCAUUGAAUUUUUUAAUAGUAAUGCAUUAGCACAUUUUGAUGUCUUAAGUCUUAAAACUACUGCAAGAUGCUCCUAAAGCACUUUCAGUGCGAACCUGGCUAUUUGGAAUGUUAAAUUUGAAGUAGCAUUUUUACUUGGGAAUGUCUGUUUCAUAAACAUUGCUGGGAUUCAUCAGCAUGUGGCAUAUGAAUGCCAGAAAUGUAUAAUUUAUUUGUUUAAUAAUAUUUUUUGCAAUUUGUUUUGUUUUUACAUAUGGCUCACUUCUAAAGUAAAUGAUUCUGUUGGGAUAAGUCAUCGCCAUUGGAAUGCUAGAAAGUUCAUUGAGUUACUUCUUGAUACUUUGGAAAUCUUUUGAAAUGUUAGGUGACCAGUUAUAAAUUUUUCUCAGUGUAGUAAAAAUAUUUGAAAGCAAUUAGCAGUUGAAGUUAUUUAGACAUGAAAGUUUUGUCUUACAGCAUAUUGUAUAUAUAUCACAGUAUUACAUAAUUGCCACUAACAGAUCUCAGAUCAUAAGGUUAUGCAAAAGUUUUGAAAGAGAAACCUGGGUAUUGCAUGGCAACACUUCAGUUUACCUUCGGGGCCUCCGUGGCCGAGUGGUUAAGGUCACUGACUUCAAAUUACUUGCCCCUCAUCGAUGUGAGUUUGAGCCUCACUUGGGGCGUUGAAUUCUUCAUGUGAGGAAGCUAUCCAGCAGGCUUACGGAAGGUCGGUGGUUCUACCCAGAUGUUCGCUUGUGAUGAAAUAAUGCACGGAGGAGCACCUGGGCUCUUCCUCCACCAUCAAGGCUGGAAAGUGCCAUAUGACAUAUAAUUGUGUCAGUUCAACGUUAAACCCAACAAAAUAAAAUCAGUUUACUAUCACUUGUGUUUUUAGACUGUUACGUGUUUGAAAUACAGCAGUGUAUAAAUAUCUUAGCUUGUACAGUUAAAGCUUGUCUUUCAUUUAAAUGCUGAUAUACUUUUUAUGCAUUUUGAUAUUGUUGACUUUUAGAUAGGUCAUUGUUCAACUUUGAUACAGUCACAUUUUUUGCUCAGGGCUUACUGCUGUCAUUAUCUUUAACGUUGUAUUUUCCUUGCUUACUUAAGCACUGGGAUGGGGAAGGAGGAAGGGGUUUAAUGUUUUGCCUAAGAACCACUUGCCUCUUGCCUAUGUAGGUUUGAACCGUACGUGGGAUGCAGAAUACUCUUUCAUAAUAUGAAGGUAGCUACCGGCCUGUCCCUACCGGAAAUAAUAUCCGUCAUGACAUAGGAGUUUCCUUCACUACAAUAGUAUGAUCUAAAAUGGUCUAUGCAAUGGUUAGUUACUAUUGUGAUAGACAGUUUGCGACUGUUACUAUUGUGACAUGAGGGAAAGGAAUACAGUAUACUAUUGCUAAUAUUGUGACAUGAGGAGUGAGAUUCUAAUAAGCUACUGUUACUACUGUGACACGAGGAAAAGGUUCCAAUAUGAUACUUUUACUAUUGUGUCAUGAGAAAGGGUUUCCAAUAUGAUACUAUUACCAUUGUGGCACGAGGUAAAGUGUUACAGUAUAUUUUACUGUUACUAUUGUGACACAUGGUAAAGUGUAACAGUAUGCUACUGUAACUAUUGUGACACACAGUAAAGGGUUAAAGUUAGCUUCUGUAAAUGUGAAAGAUUUGGGUUUAAUUUGUUGUUGUAUUCAAAUAUUGUAACAAAACGCGCAACACUUUCUGUAGCAAUACGGAGGAAGCAACUGUACUGGUUGUCAAUAUAAUGCAUGAUAAUAACUCUGAAAGAUUUGCAAGAGUAACUGUCCAUUCCCUCCAGAUGAUUGUUUCAGUUACGUGUUGAUAACAAAAUUAUUUGUCUUUUUUUAUUACUAGGCUAUGUUUAGCCAGCAUUUUGUAAUAUUUUUAGAUUUUACAUGGGUAUAAACUGCUGAAAUCAUUUGUUGUCAUGGUAUAGAGAUGGUACCUAAAAAAUUCAAAUUCAUCUUUAUAGGUUUUUUUCAGAGUGAAAUGAUAGCUAAGUGCACCAAUAUUCUAAAUAUAUUUAUGGUUUUCCUCUUCUCCAUGUCAAAAAUAGAAAUAUUUGAUACCUAAAAAUGACCUUCUCAAAAUAUCUGAAGCAAAAUGGACAACUCUUGUACUGACCGUUUUUCAAAGAUUUUAGGACUUCCCCAAUUAUAGUCUAUAUCAAAAGCUCCCACAGCUAAAUAAAUUCAAUAGAGUAUAAGGUAAGUUUACUCUACUUUUAACAUUUUGAAAGAGCCUAUACUGAACUUCCUUUUGUCUUUUAAUAAAGUCAAAUUCCAAGACUAGCCAAGAGUCUAAAACGCUUGAAAAAAUUCUGAGUGAAAGAGAAUGACAUGCUCUUUAUUAUAAGCUUACCAUACCAAAAAUGUACCUUAAAGAAGUUAUUAAAGAUUUUAUAUUGUAAACAAACCCCUACACCAUUUUACCAUCAAUAUUUUCCACUCAUGAAUGCACUCAAUUCAGGUGAUAAUUGUUGAUAUAUUUGUAAAUGAGAGGCCCUAACAAAAACCUUUUUUCAAGUUGUGUAAACAGUAUAAGUUUUAAAUUAAUGUUGAUACCUGAAAUUAUCCGAUUACUUUGUUUUCAACAAUAAAUAAAACACCUUUUAGUUUGUUUAGGGUAGUUGACCUGUAACCUGUCAGCUACCUUAACAUGUAGUAAUUACAACCACUACCUUAAAACAUUGUAAUUAUAUUUGACGACAAUGAUUUUUUGUGUUACCAAUUUAAAUUUUUUUAUUAUUUCUCAUUGUUGGAUAUAAACAUUUUACAUUUUGAUAUAUAAAUGUUGUGUAAACCAAUGUAUCACAUUUGAGGACAAUAAAUAAACAACUUUGGCUAAAAGAUCAAAAUUUAAUAACGUUUCUUAAUGUCGUUAAUUUUCUUCAAAGGAAUGUAAUACUAUGCAUUAUUCUAUAUAAUCUUCAUGCAUUACUAAACUUUAUAUCAGGGCCUCACUACAACUUACAAAAUAACUGUCAGUGUAAGUCAUGAGAAAAGCGUGCAUAUUGUAUAUUGAAUACAAAGGGAUUUAAACAAAUGUAGGUCAUGUUUUGUCUGCCUGAUAAGUUGUUUGAAAAAGGACCUAUCUGAUUUUUCUUUCACUUUUGAUCAAUGUUUAAAAUUGGCUUCAGUUUAUUGAUCAAUUCAGAGUUGUCCCCCUUUGAUUUAUUUUGGUAGGUACCAUCUCUACAUGGUAAUUUUAUUUUGUGUAACUUGCUCUAGUACUUGCAUGUUAUGUUUUUAUGACUUUUUAUACACCCUAAGGGACAUAUUAUUUUAUUCCUCUGGUGUCUGUCUAUCUGUCUGUUAGCAAUUUCAUGUCCUCUGUAACUCUUGAACCCCUUGAAGAAUUUCAAAGAAUCUUGACACAAAUGUUCACCUAAUCGAGAUGACGUGCAGAGCGCACAUUUUGGAUGGCUUGCUUCAAGAUCAAGGUCACACUUAGGGGUCAAGGUCAUACCUUUGGGCAUAUACUGCUCUACAUUGCAUGCUCUUGUUUUUCAUAUUCUGUCUCAUUUGAUCAUGCAAUGCCCGAGCCCAAUAUUAUGAAACUGAAUUUGGAGAUCAAUUCCAGACUCCAGCAUCUGACUGGUCAUUUCUAAGCACACAUGUAGAAAUUGACCAAUGGCAACACUGCAUUCUGAAACUCCGGUUUUUAGCUCACCUGUCACAUAGUGACAAGGUGAGCUUUUGUGAUCACCCUUCGUCCGUCGUCCAUGCAUCAACAAUUUCUUGUCUGCACGAUAGUGGUUUCAUUUAUGAUUUUAUUUUAACCAAACUUGCACACAACUUGUAUCACCAUAAGAUCACGGUUUCUUUCUUGAACUGGCCAGAUCCCAUUAUGGGUUCCAGAGUUAUGGCCCCAGAAAGGGCCAAAAUUAGCUAUUUUGACCUUGUCUGCACAAUAGCAGCUUUAUUUAUGAUUUGAUUUUUACCAAACUGGCACACAACUUGUAUCACCAUAAGAUCUUGGUUCCUUUCUUAAACUGGCCAGAUUCCUUAAUGGGUUCCAGAGUUAUGGCCCCUGAAAGGGCCAGAAUUAGCUAUUUUGACCUUGUCUGCACAAUAGCAGCUUCAUUUAUGAUUGAAUUUAACCAAACUGGCACACAACUUGUAUCAUCAUAAGAUCUCGGUUCCUUUCUUGAACUGGCGAGAUUCCAUAAUGGGAACCAGAGUGAUGGCCCCUGAAAGGGCCAGAAUUAGCUAUUUUGACCUUGUCUGCACAAUAGCAGCUUCAUUUAUGAUUUGAAUUUAAUCAAACUUGCACAAAACUUGUGUCACCAUAAGAUCUCGGUUCCUUUCUUGAACCGGCCAGAUCCCAUAAUGGGUUCCAGAGUUAUGGCCUCUGAAAGGGCCAAAUUAGCUAUUUUGACUUUGUCUGCACAAUAGCAGCUUCAUUUAUAAUUUGAUUUUAACCAAACUUGCACACAACUUGUAUCACCACAAGAUCUUGCUUCCUUUCUUUAACUGGCCAGAUUCCCUCAUGGGUUCCAGAGUUAUGGCCCCUUAAAGGUCCAAAAUUGGCUAUUUUGGCUUUUGCAGCCAUAUAGAGACUUCAUUUAUGGUUUUAUUUGAUACAAACUUCCAAAAUAUCUUCAACAACAAUAAAUCUUGGAUUCCAUGACAAAUGAGAUCCAAUCGUAGGUUCCAGAUUUAUUUUAUAUCUGAUUACCUCCCCUGAUUGGAAUCAAAAUAGAUUUAUAUCAGUAAGUACUUAAAGGACUUAUUUGAAAUUUCAUUAUUGUUAUUAGUUGGACUGAGACAAUCAAGGUAGAUAACUAUGGACUGAUUUUAUGUCAAAUUACCUCCCUUUAUUUCAAAUUAAAAUUGUUAUAUCUCCAUAACUACUGAAGAUACUGAUCUGAAAUUUCAUUUAUGUCAACAGAUUUAUUUGGCAGAUCCAUCUUUUGUCCACUUACAAUAUUUUUUUUUUAAUUACUUCCCUUUUACGUUACUAUAAAUAGCUUAUUUUUAGUAACUUUUUUAUUAUUGGCCGUAGGGAAAACACGAGACCAGUUUUCUGUGGUACAACAUGGAUGGUACCUCCAAUUUUUAGGUGUAUUUUAACAUAUUUAUACCUUGUAAGAUUUUUUUUUCUUUUUGGUUAAAUUUCUUCCCUUUGUUGUUCCUGUCCUUUGGGCUUAGAUAUUUUUUCAGAAGACCUUCUUGUCCUCAAGUGCAAUGAUAACAGGUGAGCGAUAUAGGGUCAUCAUGGCCCUCUUGUAUAUUGAAUCUGUUCAUAAGUAAGAGGUAGUGUCUAGCAUGAAAUUAAUUCAAGAUAUCCCUUUUACACUACAUGGUGCUAUUAAGAAUUUUUAUUUAACAUGUUUUUGUUUGACAUUUUGAUAUUUUUGCCUUUUUGAGACCUGCCCAUUUUAUAAUGCUUUUAAUUGUAUUUUUUUUCCAUUUUUCUUUUAAGUUUUUGAAAUUAAUUUCUUAUAGAGUUAAUUUAUCAUACAUGAAUAUGCUGUGUUGUAAUUAUAUCUGCUUUUAUGAGAAGACAACUUUUAAUGACACAAAGCCCUUAAUUAAAUAAAGAAAUAAAUCAUUUCUGUUAAAAGAUGUAUAAAUAAUAAAAAAGCUUGUCCCUGCAAACUUAGUUAUGAGUUGACAAGGAGAUAUGGAAAAGCCUUUAUCGUUAAGGUGAUUAAUGCAUGUUUGGUAAAUGGUCAGUGAUGGGUUAAGGUUAUGCACCCAUACUAACAAUAGGCAAGUUUGAUGCAAUUACAUAAUUAUUCUUGAUUGCUGUUUGGCAUUCAACCAUAAAGGUAGUUCAGCAAGCAAAUGGUUAUUCGUAAAAAUUGGGAGAUUGCCAAAGUCGCAUGCGCAGAAUACAUGGUACCGUUAUGUUUGAAUACAUACUUUUUCUUGAUGUGAAAUAAUUGGUAGGAAUGAUUUUAGAAAUCAAUGAAGUUGUGGUCAUUGUUCAAGUAUCAUAGAAUCUGACUUUUUUUAUCAUGAGGAACUAUAGAAUUUAGACUUUUGUAUUUAUUAUUGAAUAAAAUGAGAUCACUUUGAUACAAUAA